AUGGCGUCCAACAAUGGCAGCGUUAACGUUGCGAACGGGAACGGGAGCGCUACCAAGGGACUGGCGAAGAUUCAGACGCACAAGAAGCAUAACGGGAUUUGUCACGAUGACAGCGGUCCCACAGUGAAGGCUCAGACCAUCGACGAGCUUCACUCGCUGCAAAAGAAGAAAUCCGCACCCACCACACCCGUUACGGCCUCUCAGGCUCCGUUCGCCACCCUGUCUGAAGAAGAGCGCCAUAAACAGCAACUCCAGUCCAUCAGUGCAUCUCUGGCAUCACUGACUCGAGAAACUGGACCGAAGCUGGUGAAAGGAGACCCAGCUAGGAAGUCAGAAACCCAGAAGGUUACUCACGUGCACCAUCAUGUCACUCCCACCAUUGAUGUUAGCGACAGUUCUUUGAAAUUUACCCAUGUCCUCUACAAUCUCUCCCCUGCUGAGCUUUAUGAACAAGCGAUAAAGUAUGAGAAAGGAACAUUCAUCACUUCAACCGGGGCAUUGGCAACGCUUUCUGGGGCCAAGACGGGUCGCUCUCCCAGGGACAAACGCGUCGUCAAAGAUGAUCUUACUGAGAACGAGCUUUGGUGGGGAAAGGGUUCCCCUAACAUCGAGAUGGACGAGCACACUUUCAUGGUGAACAGAGAAAGAGCUGUUGAUUACUUGAACUCCUUGGACAAGGUCUUCGUCAAUGACCAGUUCUUGAAUUGGGACACAGAGAACAGAAUCAAAGUCCGGAUUGUCUCUGCCAGAGCUUACCAUUCAUUGUACAUGCACAACAUGUGUAUCCGACCCACUCCUGAAGAGCUGGAGAAUUUUGGUACUCCGGACUUCACUAUAUACAAUGCUGGACAGUUCCCGUGUAAUCGUUAUACUCACUACAUGACAUCCUCCACUAGCAUAGAUCUUAAUCUUGCUAGGAGGGAAAUGGUCAUCCUCGGCACACAAUACGCCGGGGAAAUGAAGAAGGGUCUUUUCAGUGUCAUGCAUUAUCUCAUGCCUAUGCGUCGAAUCCUCUCCCUACACUCUGGAUGCAACAUGGGCAAAGAUGGGGAUGUUGCACUCUUCUUUGGACUUUCAGGCACUGGAAAGACCACUCUCUCUACCGACCACAAUAGGUAUUUAAUUGGAGAUGAUGAACACUGUUGGAGUGACAAUGGUGUCUCCAACAUUGAAGGUGGUUGCUAUGCCAAAUGCAUUGAUCUCUCGCAGGAGAAAGAGCCUGAUAUUUGGAAUGCAAUCAGGUUUGGCACAGUCUUGGAAAACGUGGUGUUUGAUGAGCAUGACAGAGAAGUUGAUUACUGUGAUAAAUCGGUUACAGAAAAUACUCGUGCAGCUUAUCCUAUAGAGUACAUUCCAAAUGCAAAGUUACCUUGUGUUGGCCCUCACCCAAAGAAUGUCAUACUUUUGGCUUGUGACGCAUUUGGUGUGCUCCCACCCGUGAGCAAGCUAAACCUGGCGCAGACCAUGUACCAUUUCAUCAGUGGAUACACUGCUUUGGUGGCUGGCACAGAGGAAGGCGUAAAGGAGCCCCAGGCAACUUUUUCAGCUUGUUUUGGUGCAGCAUUCAUUAUGCUACACCCUACUAAGUACGCGGCAAUGCUUGCUGACAAGAUGCAGAAACAUGGUGCUACUGGAUGGCUGGUUAACACUGGUUGGUCUGCUGGCAGCUAUGGUUAUGGGAGUCGUAUUAAACUACAAUACACAAGAAAAAUCAUUGAUGCCAUUCACUCUGGAAGCCUCCUGAAUGAAGAGUACAAGAAGACUGAGAUUUUUGGGCUUGAGAUCCCCACCGCAGUGGAGGGUGUCCCUUCAGAAAUUCUGGACCCUGUGAACACUUGGUCAGACAAAAAGGCUUACAAGGAGACACUAUUGAAGUUAGCUGGAUUGUUCAAGAAGAAUUUUGAAACAUUCACCAACUACAAGAUUGGCAAGGGCAGCAACAACCUGACAGAAGAGAUUCUCGCAGCUGGUCCAAUCUUUUGAGACAAUGUUAUGUUGUAUUGUGUGGUUCGGAUUGUUAGGAUAGUAUAAGAUAAAAUCUCGCCUUAGAAUAAUAUUGUACCAUUGGUUCUGUUCAAAUUUACAACUCUAGUCUUAUAUGAGAAUGGUAUUUAUGUAGUGUUACAUUUACAUUUUUCUUC